UUUCAAGCCUCGUUUCAGUUCUCUACGUUCAAGUUUAUGAAUAUGGCGGGAGGAGGCCAUGGAGCGAUAUUUGGAAUUGCAGUAAUGUUAUUAAUGUUACCUGCUCUGCGGGCAACCUCAAACACAGAGAAACGAACAGUGGAGGUGAUUUUUCUUACUGAGGGCGGAAUACAACAACAUAACGUAUCUCAUAAUUUCUGCUACAGAAAAACUUUUGAACCAAAGUGGAAUGAUGUCUGGACUAAGGUGCAGAUCCGGGUAAACAGCAGCAAAAUGAUUCGAGUGACCCAAGUGGAAAACAAAGAAAAGUUGAAGGAAAUGGAGAGCUUCAAUAUUGUUGAUUUUUUUUCUUCAUUCCUAAAGGAAAAAUUAAAUGACACCUUCAUUUCUGUGGACCUUUAUAGUAAUGAAACCUGUAUCAGGAUUCAUGUAAUUGAGGCAGACACGAAGUACAAUGUGUCCUUUUUCAGGGGUUUUGAUCCAAAACUCUUUCUGGUUUUCCUAAUUGGGCUGCUACUUUUUUUUUAUGGCGACUCUCUUAGCAGAAGCCAACUCUUUUUCUACAGCACUGGCAUGAGCGUGGGAAUGGUAGCGUCAAUGCUGAUACUUGUGUUUAUUCUCUCCAAGUUGUUGCCAAGGAAAAGUCCCUUUUACGUGUUGUUGUUUGGAGGUUGGUCUUUUUCGCUAUAUGUAAUCCAGCUGGUAUUGAAAAACUUCCAGGAAAUCUGCAGUGAAUACUGGCAGUAUGUAUUAGGUUAUCUGGGCCUUGUGGGCUUUGUCAGCUUUGCAGUGUGCUACAAGUAUGGACCUCUAGAAAAUGAGCGGAGCAUCAACUUGCUGAACUGGACACUACAGCUGAUUGGCCUGCUGCUGAUGUACAUUGGGGUGCAAAUUCGACAGAUUGCAAUUACCUUGAUAGUCAUUGCAUUUUGUACCAAACAAAUUGAAUAUCCUGUACAGUGGAUAUACAGCUUAUAUAAAAUUAUUGUGAAAUCAAGAUCCAAACCUGUCCCACCACGGCUCCUCUCAGAGGAAGAAUACAGAAAGCAGGGUGAGGUGGAGACUCAUAAAGCAUUGGAAGAGCUUCGGGAAUACUGCAAUAGUCCUGAAUUUGCAGCAUGGAAGACUGUCUCUCGUAUCCAGUCACCAAAAAGGUUUGCUGAUUUUGUGGAAGGUUCACCUCAUCUGACACCUAAUGAGGUUUCCAUUCAUGAGCAUGAAUACGGCAUGGGCGGCUCAUUCUUAGAGAGAGAACUUUUUGAUGAAGACAGUGACAUGAAUGACGAAGAUGAACUGGACCGUAGAAAUUCCCACGGUCACCAACCUUAUUAACAUGCCUGAAGGCCUAGGGAUAAAAUGUAAUAAGUCAUUGGAAAAAGCCAUAAGAGUCAAAGCUUCAACAAGGGUAAAAUAUUCUAUUGGAAUGGAAAAUGAUUACAUCUGCUUGGGCUGUCCUUACAUUUGUCACUUCCAAGGAGAUUGUUUGGAGCGUAAAAGCACUAUUGAGAUUUUUUUCAUGGAAAAUUUUAUUAUGCAGCAAUUUCAUCCACUGAUAUCUGCAAUACUGAUACUUGGAUUAAGCUGCCAAAUCCGUAAGGAAAUAUGCAGAACAGUGUUUAGCGAUUAAGCUGUGCCAUAUUGGUGCCAGUAUGAAAAAUAGCAGUCACUAUUGACUUAUUGUGAGUAGUAUUAUCUGUGUGAUUCUCAUUGUUGCUUACUGACCUCAGAAUUCAUUUAACAUUUUGUUAAAGGAUUUGAAAAGAAGAGAUAUAUGCAAUAAGUAUUACCAAAGAUGUGCCACCUCAAUAAUAUACUUUCAUUUAAUUUAAGUGGACUUGUUAAUUGUUUUUCCUUCAGUAAUGAUGAGGGUACACAGGGUUAACAUCCCAUAAGCAAGAGAUGCACAGCUCCUUUAAUUUGAUUUUGACUCCUAACCUUUUGAGUUUUAUUCUACUUACCUCCAUAUAUAAAACAAACCUGCCUUGCUUCUAAAACGUGUUUGCCUGACUCCUCUCUAUUCCCAUUGGCUCCUAAAUUUGCAAAGACUCCAAUAUAAAAAAAUCGGAAUACAGCACACUCCAAACAGGCACAGAACAAUGGGGCUUCCACCAAAUACAAGUUCCUGCAUUUUCUAAUUUAAAUAGGCCUUUAUUUCAUAGCCAUGUCAUCAGGGGCCAAAAAUAACAAUAUUGUAAGCCUGCUUUAGGGCAUGACUAAACUUUAGCAGGCUUGCAACACUCUCCAUUAAAGAAGGCUGGAACGUCAAUGUAUAUCCUAAAUUUGUAGUGCAUUUGGUGUUCCCUGGUUAUUCUUGGGAAUAAUUAUUUCUAUUAUAUAGAAUCUUAUUAGUAAAAUCAUCAUGUUUGGUUAAAACAUCAGAACCAUGCAUAAUCCUUUUCCUUUUUUUUCCUUCAAAGUAUUGAUGAGUAAAUAACAUUUCACAUAUUAUAUACAAGUAUUUUAGAUGACAUAAUGCAUAAUGAGAUUGGAAAUGUUGGCUUGUAUGGUGGAGACACAAAAUGACUUAAAACAAUAAAUUUAUGAAUGUCUCUGUAUACCCAAAGAUGUAUAUUAUUGGAAUGAUUAUUACCUUGUCAUGUCCUUAAAAGUAAAGUGGCGGCUGAAUGGAUUGAGGAACAUUUUGUUCCUUGAUUUAUGCAAAUAAAACAUCUUAUAAAAGAGACAUUAUGAAUAUAUCAAAUAGAAGCAGAAUUUAAAGGGAUAUUGUACUCUUAAUUUAACCCCCCCACACACAACUCUCCUAUGUAAGCUAGAGGCAGCAGUAGAAAUAAACCAAGUGGGGGUGGGAGAGAGUGUGUUCUUUUACCAACCUGAAUACAAUGAACUCUUAUUGGCUGCUUGCCCCUUCAUAUAUAGGAUAGGAUAGAAUAAAUGAGUCCUGCGUCCUUUUCAAAUAAUGACAAAACACUCAUGAAAUCCUUUUUUCUUGCAGUAGCAUUAGUGCUCUUCAUCUAUCUCAUUCAAAAACAAAAUAAACUGUCAUAAGUUUAAUUUAAUAUUUUUUAAUAAAAACACACACACAUUCUUUUAACUCAGCUGGCAAGAUAAAAUAGUAUGUUGUCAGUGGUGCAUUUAAAUGUCAAGAUAAGAUUAGGACUUUCAGCUUGUUGUCAGUGCAAUAGAAUAAAAUAAUUUUUAAAUGACA